AUGAGCGGCUCAACAGACGCCACCGUCGCCACACCAGCCUGGAAGAAAUUGGGCCUGAAGCUCAAGCACUCCAAUGCAAACGAGGCCACAAACGGGACCCCGGCCGUUGGGCAGCCAGACCGUGCCCAGCAGGGCAGCAGCAUGCAGGGCAAGAGAAAGCUGCACACAACCACCGGUGCUGCGUCAGAUUAUUCCUCCUCUCCCCUCUCUGCGAAAAAGCCUCGCAGAGAUUUUUCUCGACCAUCAACAGGAGAUGCCACGCCUCAGCUCACACGAAAGAAGUCUGUCGCCUUCGCCGACACGCCUACCCACAAGACCGCCGCCCCAGGUUCAACCACGGCGCGAAAGACGCCCGCGAAACCACUCCCCAAAGCCGCCGGCAAGACUGGCAAGGGCCUGACAACGUCGACGCCGCCCAAGAAGCAGAAACAGAAGAAGCCACAGCCGACGGCAGACACCAGACCCGCGCUCGAGUACCUGCGGCACUGGGUGUCGUCACGCGACAGCUGGAAGUUCAACAAGAACCACCAGUCGACUCUCAUAAAGGCCAUCUUCGAGAGCGGCAUCCCGCCAGCCGACGUGGGCUCUUUCUACGACUACAUUGAUGAUAUCAAAGGCGCUGUCAGGAUGAGACUGCGAGAGACGGCGCUGGCGAUCCGCCUCAAGGACGACAGCGACCGCGCGGCUGCCUUCCCUGAGGGCACCGCCGACCCCGACGGCAAGCAGGGCAUGUACGAAGCGGCCCUCGCCGGCUUCCUAGAGACACAGCAAAAGGCUGCCGCCAGCAAGAAGCGGACGUUUGCCGAAGUGGACUACGUGACGACGGCGCAGGACGCCGACGUCAUCAUCCGCCGCCUCGUCAAGCGCAUGCGUGCCGAGAUGGUUAUUGCGACACUGUCCGAUGGCGACGAGACGGACGCCAGCACCACGACUGUCAAGGCGCCCGUCAAGUCGGCCGACGCCGACGCCAAGCCGAACGGAGUCGCGGGCAAGCGUCGCCGCAAGCUGCGCACCAACGUGGAUGAUAGCGACGACACCAGCAGCAGUAGCGAUAGCAGCAGCGAUGAAAGCGACGACAGCGACUCGGACGAGGAGUCAGACGCAGGCAGCGGCUCCGACACCAGCAGUAGCAGCAGCAGUGAUGACAGCUCCGAGGACGAGGCGGAAGCAGAUGAGGACAUGGAUGAUGACUCGUCGAGCAGCUCGUCGUCAUCGGAUGAUGACUCUGAUGAUGAAGACUCUGACGACGAGGCGGAUGCUACUGCUGCCAAGACAGAAAAGACAUCCAAGUAG